UUUUCGCUUCACUUCCGCCCGGGAACAAGACACCACCCUCCUCCUCAUCUGUUGCAUAUUUCAAGUGUGGGCGAGGAAGACGACAGAGUCUGGACUGACAGACGCCGGCAAGUUGUUUGCUGGUGAAAAAGGCAGCCGACGCGCUUCCCGCCGCCAUGACGACCAUCGCGAUGGAGCGAAUCGGGCGGCUCUUCAUCAGCCUGCAACAAAUCAAACAGUUCCCCCGUCUGCUGUCCUCGGAGGCGUCUCCCUCCAUGCCCGGCACCUUACGCGACACGGAGGUGCCCCACUUCUUCCGCGAGCGCUACGUCCGUGCCGGCUACCGGCCCCUCCACCAGCGUUGGCGGUACUACUUCCUGUCAGCCUUCCGUCGCCACAACGAGACCGUCAACAUCUGGACGCACCUGCUGGCCUUCCUGACCCUCCUGGCCAAGAUGAGCCACGUGGGCCAGACGGUGGAUUUGGCGCGGGACCGGCACGCGUGGCCCCUGCUGAUCCUCCUCCUGUCUGCGCUCAACUACACGGCGUGGAGCGUGGCGGCGCACCUCCUGGGCGGGAAAUCGGAGCUGUGCCACUACGCUUUCUUCUUCCUGGACUACGUGGGCGUGGCGCAGUACCAGUACGGCAGCGCGACGGCGCACUACUACUACGCAGCCGAGGAAAACUUUCACCGACGCGUGGGCGCCAUUUUCAUGCCCGUGGCGGCGCUUCUCAGCGGGCUCUCCUGUCUGGGCUGCUGCUACGGCAAGUACCGCAACCACAGCCUUCCGCCUUGGGUGCGCAAGGUGUGCCAGGUCACGCCGUCCGCCGUCGCCUACGUGUGGGACAUCAGCCCCGUGGCGCACAGACUCCUCCUCGGCGACGCCGACGCCGACCCGGCCUUUGCGUACCACCUGAGCCACGUGGCCUUUUUCCUGGCCUGCGCCGUCUUUUUCGCCUUCCCCGUGCUGGAGCGCCGGUGGCCCGGAGGUUGCGACUUCCUGGGUCAGGGCCACCAGCUGUUCCACAUCCUGCUUUCCUGCUGCACCAUGUGUCAGAUCCACGCCUCGCUGCUGGAUUACAGCGGGCGACGGCAGGUGUACGCGCCGCAGCACGGCGUCGACCGGGCGGCGCGCAUCGUCGGCCUCUACGGACUGACGCUGCUCGUCUGCCUGCUCGUCGCCGCGUUCAUGUUGAGGAAGGCCAAACGGUUGCUGGACCUCCAGGCCAAGUCCAAGUGAACGACCUCACCGAUACGUACAAGUGCGACUGCAAAAUGUGAGGUACACCUAACGAGCUCCAAUACAAGAACGAGAGAUGUGGCUAACGUGCAUUAGCAUAUAUUUUAGGACCCUUUGUGUUUUUAUCUAUCUUCUGAUGAAGAGCACUUUAACGUGACUUGAAGACGCCUUGGUAGAGAGGAAGGGAUUUUGCACGAUUUGUCUCCCAUCGGUGGUGUCUUCUUGACAAUCUUCUGGGUGUCGGGUGAACCUAAGUGCCGUUAGAUUCAUAACACGUUCAAUUUACUCCAGUGGGGCCAACUUUGGAACUGGCUUGAAUGGGGACGGGGGGGGGGGGGGGGAAUCCACCGACUGUGCCUUCGAGAGCAAGACUCCACUGGCAGACGCGAUCCUCGUUGUUUGAAAUGAUAUAGCAUGCCUGUACGUGUAACCUACCCCCCACCCCCGACCUCCCCAUGUUUUUAGUGACAACAAAAGCCUCGUGUGUUGUUUCCACGCAACACUUCCGGCUGAGUGUUUUGCCAUCACGCUUUGCCAUCAAAAUACAGCGUAGUGCACCCCCCCCCCCCCUACUCCCCCCAACUCACCCCAAAGCCGGGACGAGUGGCUUGUGUUUUGUCCUUUUUCAAGAAGCGGCUUCCAUUCUGGGGCCAUUUUAAGAAGCUUCCCGAGGCGUGAUUGGAAAAGAGUACAAGUCUCGAUGUGUCCCCUUCAAAACAAAAUGACUGACUUCCGAAAAUAUACAAGAAGAUGAAUAAUCAGGAGUUUUUAGCUAGGCCCUGGCUAAUUUCACCUCACCACGGAGGUCUCGCGCCGCUCGUUCGGUCUCCGUGGCAGCCAUUUAAAGCCUGCCUUCCACCCGGUGCGGCCUCAGUGGUUCAUUUGCAUACCGCCGCAAACGGCGUUGACGUGAUUGUGUGAAUAAGUGCCUCGUUUGACACGGCGGACAAAUCGGCGCAAUGUGUCCUAACCUUUAGUGCCUACACAUUACUAAGUAUAUUACGUAUUAUAUUGUGAAAACCUUGACCAAAAAAAAUGAGGGAAUCCAUGAAGAAAAAAAUCUUGAAAAGCUGAACUGAAUUCCUGCAGCACUUUAAAACAACCGCCGCUGUAAACAAAGUGCUGUACCCGGAGCAAAAUUCAAGCAUAAAAACUGGAGACGCUUGGCGGAGGAUUUGCGGACACAAAAGGUUCCGUCAGCUAAAUAGGACCUAACCCACUCAAGGGGGGGGGGGGCUCCUGCCAAUGCCCGUCAGGUGCUGCAAACCAGUCAACAGAAUACGCCGAGCCACUGUAUCAAAUGCUGCAGUUAAAUCCAAGAAACAAACAAGAUAUAGUUGGGAUGAAUCGUGAAUUAUUUGACGAAUAAAGUGGAAUUAGAUCAUUCCCCGCUGUAGAGCGGUAAGGAGCGUCUCAUUUGCAAAGAGGCGGAGACGCUGUGAUGGAAUUGUUCGACACCUCGGAACGAGGCGAAUGACGCGGCUGUUGCGGACUCUCGCAAACAUUCCUUGUCUGUGACUCGGAGCAGACAAAUGUGAAGAGCCCUUCGUUGUCCUUGGCGAUACGUGCCCCGCCCCAAUUAAACUCGAGACUUAAUGGCGCUGAAAACAUUACCAAGCGCUCAACACGCCGCACUGCACAAUUGAGCCCGGAUGACUAUCACGUACUAAUUGGACAUUAUCCCUCAGCAUCAUGUGUCCAUAAAGCUGAUGAUUAUGGUUCCUCACCAAACCCGCAAGAUGUUUUGGGAAACGCUGGAGGAGCUAAAAUCAAAUACGGUCUUUUUCCUUUAUUAUAGGGCAGAUAUAUAUCUUCCCACCUAAAGCUGCUGCCCCCGCCACCCGAUCCCGGAUAAGCGGUGGAAAAUGGAUGGGCGGAGAUAUUGCACUUAAUUGAACGGUGUGCAUUGAAACUGAAACGUUUAUUUUGUGAAUGCAAACACUUUGUUUUUCUUCUUUCUACCCACAAUCUUGCUGCUGUAGACUGUAAAUUUCCCUUUUGUGGGACAAAUAAAGGAUAUAAAGUUGU